ACUGUCUUCUCUCCCUCACCAUCCAUUUCUAAUGAGUGAUAACCGUCUACCAUGUUCAUUAUGGGGAAAGUUUGCUGACCAAAUUAGCAAAGUUGCGCAAGAGUCUCUUGGUUCUGUCGUUAUUUGUUUGAUAAGGUGGGCCAAGUUAGGAGAAUACAAAGAGAUUAGGAGUAUUUCUAAUGCUUUUGAUGCUUCGGAUGUUUUAGUCAACCCAAUUUUGCCGGUUGUUGAUGACUUUAGGAGAAUGCUUCCAUCUAAUGGACUUGCCUUGACUAUCAUGGGACCUAAGCCUAGAUUUGAGCCUCUAAAGGUGCGUGAACAGAGGUCCUUAGGGUUACCUCUCAAGACUAUUGCCGAGCUUAAGUCCUCUUAUGAGAUUGAGAAGGUUAAGAUCUUCUGUACCAUUUUGCAAAUUGACUUCGACUACUCCUGGUAUUACUAUGCACACAUCAAAUGUAACAAAAAAGUCUUCCAAACUAAGAAACUUCUUAGCUCUGGUGCCAAGAAGAUAGUGAACAGAUGUGAGAAAUGUAAUGCAGAAGUUUCUGCAGUUGAAGCAAGGUACUGGCUCCACCUAGACGUUAUGGACAACACGGGGGAGACCAAGCUUAUGUUAUUUGAUAGUUUUGUUGAGAAAAUAAUCGGAACUCCUGCUUAUGAACUCUUGGAGGGCACUGAUGAAGCGGAACUUGAUGAUCCUCUUCCAGCUCCUGAUGUAGUUAAAAACAUCAUUGGAAAGACUUAUCAAUUUGUGGUAAGUGUUGAGCCAGAAAACAUCUCAAGAGGAAAUGAUGAAUACAAAGUGACUGAGGUUUUAACAAGUCAGAUCCUCAAUCAAGCUGACCCUAAAGAUGAAGGUGAUUAUCCUUUGGAUCUUUCAUCCAUGAGUUCCAGUGACCAGGUUUUGAUGCUGACUAAUAGUUCUGAUAAGGAGGGCACUUCCAAUGAUGUUUUCUCUACCCCAUCUUCAAAGAGAAAAGAAGAUUUUUCGGAUGGAUCUGAUCAAAACUCCACAAGCAAGAAACAAUGCAUGGAAAAACAAUCCGAUGUUAAAGUCGAUGGUGUCAUUGAUGUAGACAAUCCGAAGGAACAUGAUCUUCCUAAGUUCAUAAACAAACUUGAUGAGGCAGGUGAACAAGUCAUCACCAAAGCAAGUGAAGAAGAACAGAAAAAGGUUCUUUUGCAGAAGAUUAAGGUUGAGAAGAUCGAAGGUCAAGAAGCCAUCAACAAAGUAAGUGAAGCAGAACAGAAGAAAGUUCUUUUGAAGAAGAUUAAGGUUGAGAAGCUCGAAGGCCAGAAGGGAGGAAGCUCGAAGGCCAGAAGGGAGCAAAGUGAGUUGAGGGAAGACUCAACAAUCUAAAAUAAUGUUGAUCUCAUGGA